AUGGUAGCCUGCUUUCGUCUCAGGCGUCUCUCGAACCAGCUUUUAUAUUUCUUGAGUUGUGCGUUUCUUGCCGCACUCGCCAUCCCCGGUGCUGCUGCCCAGUACGAUACCAUCGUUGCCUCCAAUGGUGAAAUUCUACAACGUCUUCAAGACCCUAACGUCGCCUUCAUCAAUAGCAAUGGCACGAUCAUCAUCUACAGUCUUACCACUGGCGAGGAAAUCCCCCAAGGUCUUGCAACUGAUGGAAGCGGCAGCGGUUUCGAUGCAUGCGCAAUAGCGUGGAUAGUCUUCUCGUUUAUGGUCGGUAUACCGUUGCUAUUUCUUGGAAUCCGUGGAUGGCGUUUUACUACCGCGGCAGCCAUCGGACUGGCUGGGGCCCUCACUUCUUGGGCAGUUUUUGUCAACACCUUGGACAAUCUCGGUGUCUCUGAUGUGGCUUUGACCGUCUUUGUUCUUUCUCUCUUUGGUUUGGGUUUCUUUCUUGGUGCUCUCGAGCUUUCUCGCGUCAUUGGAAUUUUAAUACUGGGCACUCUCGGAGGGUUGGCUCUUGGGAUUCGAAUCGUCAUCCUUCGGAGCGGAUUGCUAAUAUCGGACCCAUCCAUCUUCUUCGUUAACUGGCUCAUAAUUGGAUUUUGCGGCUUCUUGUGUAGUAUAUUGGUCUUAUGGAAGCAGAGAGUUGGCGUUCUCAAUGGAUGUGCUUCCACAGGGUCCUUCCUCUGCGCCCUCGGGGCUGAUCUUGUGAUCAAUCAACAGUCCGGGAUGAGUCGCGGACUGCGGUAUCUCAUAGACAGAAACCGGUAUCACGUUGUGGAUAACGUAUUUAGUGGGUAUUCACCACCUAUGACGACGGUCGUCAUCCUUGCAGUUUCGAUUGCUAUAACGCCCGCAUUUGCAUUUGCUCAGCACAUGGCGUUUAAGCGGCCAUUCUGGGGCGUCACUACGCAGUAUGACCUUGAAUCGCUACCUCCUCAUGAUGAAGAGCUACCACAGGAUGAGGAGUCAGCUGCAACUGCUACCACUUCCGUUGUCUCCAGUGCUAUGCCGGAAACUCCGAUUUCGGAGAAGUCGCCGUUCCCGUCCGACGAUGAGAAGAAGGUUAACAAAGUUGAACCACCACGAACUUCUCGAUGA